ACCAGCAUUCCGCUUAGCCAAGGCGGAGAUAACAGCGCUGCGAAGCACUUGGAAUAAAUCCGCUCUUCCGAGAUUCCUCCGGGGUGCUCCUCUUCAGCUCUGUUUUCCCCGGGCUUCGUAAGACGCUUUUUGACUGCUGUUGUGUGGCACUAGCGAAUUGGCUUUGAAAUACCCCCUGCAUCCCACUUCCAUGAUGAAGACUCCAUUCCCAAGGCCAAUUUCUCUGCCCCGCUCUGAGGGUUCCCUUUCUGAUGACGGCUGCUCUGUGGCUGCUUGCCCAACCAAGAUGACUCCAUGGACGUGGAUCUGCACUGACCUCCACCUCAGCAUGCAGGCUGAUGGAGGAUCAAGCAACAUGGUGCUGUGCUGGGGAUGUGGCGACGUUGCUGCCGCAUCAGUUUUCCUCCAUGGAUUCAUCAGCUUGCCAGGUGGAGGGUUUCGAGAAAGCAGGUUGACAAACAGCCCUGCAAUAUUUCCCAGCACCGAACCGGUAGCACCACAUCACGCCAACAUUUGGGGCGCCUGGGAGGAGCACGAGGUGGAGCAGGAGCACCAGGACACGGGAAGGUUGGAAGCCCUGCUGUGCACCCGCGAUGCUCACUGCGUCCCUUUGGUUGCCCUCUCGAAGGCUGGCGAUCUUGGUUUGGGAAAAGGUGCUGUGCGUUCAGCACCGAAGUUGCAUGAAUGGUGUGUGUGUUCAUGGUACUGGUAAGCCACGGUGUCCAGGUACUGUGGUAGCAAUGAUCUGAGUAGCAUGCGGCAUGACUUCUUCAGUGCUUUUCAUACCUGUGUUCGUCCUCUCCACUUCACUUUUUCGCAGGGCUCUGUCCUCUUUUCUCUUCCUCCUUUUCUCCCCAGGUGGAUUAAAGAGGGUUUUGUUGUCGGGAUCAGGUUUUGUCUGCUCAGUUCUGGGGGAGGGGGAGCGGCGCAUGAAUCCGGCGUUCAUUUUCCAACCAGCCAAACCAGUCAGGGCAGGCAGAGCAGAACCAAGAAACCAAAUAGGAGGGAGCCAUGGGGGAAAGCCAGUUUCACCCAGGUGUCCUGGAGAGCUUGGAAAAAAGACUCCAUCUGAGAAGGCUUACGGCAACUGAAAAGUGAUGGUAUAAAACUAGGGAGAUCCAUCCAAGCAGACUCACUGCAUUUCAGCGAGGACCCAGCUUGGGCAGUGCUAACAGUGACCUUUGAAAUGCAGCACGCUAUGGGCUCCUUUUGCUUUUCUUUGUGGUGAUUGCCAUUUUUUCAAUUAGAUUCUAAAUCAGCUGCCAUCUUAAUGCAUUUUGUUGCAAUUACAAAACGUCCGACCCUCUUGUUUUAGCCGUAUGUUUGUGGGAUCUUGGGAGCCAGAAUUAAUUCCUCAGCUUCUGCGCUGCAAGUGGAGGAAGGAGAUUUGGAACUUUUCAGACCACCUAGUUGAGGUGGAAGCGAAGGGAAGGUCUCUCUCUGCCUCACCCAUCGGUUUCCGCUCAUGGCACGGAGAAGCCAUUUUGGGUUGGUUUUGUUUAUUCUUUUCUUACCCGAGGCUUUUUCAUGUGUGCGUGCACGACCAAACGAGCACCAUUAGGGCUCCUCGCUCUUGCUGCAGAGGGCCCGGUGCCAACCCAACCAGCCCCUGCUUGCACUGCCUGCUCGGACACCGGGGAGCAGGAGACAAAACAAAGCGCUUGGCUGCCUGGUGAGGUGCUCCCACAGACAGGAAGAUGGAGGCACCCAAAAAGCUCCUUUUUGGCUCCUCGUUGGGCUGGCAGCUGGCGGGCGAUGCUGUUGACGUGGUAAACUUGGAUGAGGAGAGAGAGGUGUUUUGUAAGCAAGCAGGCUCCGUGUGCAAUGCAGCCACCCGGUUCAGGAAGAGGCGCUGGGCUGGCUUUGCAGACACUUUGCAGUCAGCAGAAAAUGUUUGCUCACGCGGUCCCUCCACCCCUCCAGUCAAACGGCCUUCGAGAAGGUUCUGUGAGGCACUGAGCUGGGCCAGCCGGUGCCAGGGGAUGGGGCUUGUCCAGCCAGGGAGCUGAGCCUGCCUUGACUGAAUACUCCCAGAUUUGUUUGUUUUCUAAAACGUCUUUAAUUUCUAAAAAAAAAUUGUCAAAAUUGCAGGAAAUGCUUCUAGAUUACUCACCCCUCCGUUUCACUGCGUCUAAUUCUUGACUUUUAUUUUUUAUUCUUGCCUAUAUCUUCUCCCUGUGAUUGCAAAUAUUACCUAAAUCAUAUUCCUUGCAAGGAAAAAGUUAGAGGGCUUUGCUUUGUUCUAGACUCCUCUGACAGAAGAUUAGUUUGUGCUUGCUGGAGUCUCAGGGAACAUCAUUAUGACUGCAGAAAUCGUGCCAUAUUUAUGCACAAACACCAAGCCAGAUAUGAGCUUUUAUCCAUUUCCUAUUGACUUUUCCAAUUCAGUACCAGUCUCAGUCCUUUUAAUUGGUUUUCAUCCCUUUUUUAAUUUAGCUGGCACUGCGGCUGCGAGCGUCUGACGCUCAGCGCCCACGCGGAGCUGGAGGUGGUACGUGCAAGACUUCUGCAAGUACCUUCACUCGUGGGUGUCUUAAGGGCUCUCAAAAUUAAUUAAUUUAAUCACUGAAUUAUUAGAACUCAUUACUGAACGAGAAUCAGAGCUCUUAGAAGGCACCGUUUGACAUACGGGCAACUUAAACUGAAGCAACUGAAAGAAAAGCAUAGGAAUGCCAGGAUUUGGGAAAAUAUUAGCUAAACUCUGAAUUCUGUCUCAUUCUCCCAUUCUGCCCCGCAAGCGAUGAGCCUGGUGAAGGCAUAGUAAGUUCUCAGAAUAAUUAUACUACUCGCCAUUACGAUCAUGGCUGUAUUAGCACACUUCAGAAAUGCUAACAGUCAGAACGUACAAAUCUGGCGCCUGAGAGCUGGGGCUGCCCAGCAGCAAACUCUGUCUGCCAGAUACGGUGAUGCCAUACAGUAUUUCCAAUGGAUCAGGGGCUCAGCGCUUCUCCUGCCCUUGUUAACACCAACUGCAAUGCUGCUCCGUGCAGGGAAUGAGCUCAGAGGGUUGUGGGUCCCAGAGCUGGCCUGACCCGCUGACACAGAUUUACCAAUGCAGGUUGCUCUAUAAAAAUGGAGCUAAGCUUCAUUUCAGAAUGAAAAGAAAAAUCCUCCCCAGAAUGAUGCUUUUAAUUUAAUCGGGCCCAAAGUGAAUGAAAGGGGACGUUAAAAUAUGCUUAUAUGACCACAUACCAGCUGAUGGUAGCCUUUGGAAGUCGCUCCCAUGAGAUAGCCAUAGAACUGUAAGAACUCUGCUAGGCUUCCCCUUUUGUGUGGAGGUUUGCACACGUAGGAAACAGGGCUUUCUUCCUGUCCUUAAUCUGGAGAAGAAAAAAAAAAGUGUAGCGAGGCUGAAGUGCUAAUUUUCUUCAUUUCUAACAAAAUAAAGCACAUAAUGGGAUUUCAAAUUGCAAAAAUAAAUGCAAAUUGGACGUAAAAUACGAGCGCAGUCAUAUAUUAAUUCGUUAGACAUUUUGUUUGCAAAACAAGUUAAUUAGAAUGUCCUUACCAUAUUUCGGGCAGGGGAAAGUGGCCUGAGGAAAUCACACGUCACGAUCGAGACGCGCAUUUCGCAUUAAUUAGUUUUUCUUUUGAGGGCUCUGUCGUUAAGAGUCUGAUAAGUCGGCAUUAGAGGCUUACUUUUGUGUUUUAAUCUUUGGUGGUGGCGGAAGGGAACGGCAGUCAAUAAGCCAAGUGAACUCCUGAAACAACCUGGAUCGCGCUGAUGCGUUUAAGCUCCCAGCUAAGCCUGGCUGUCCUUUCCAGCUCCAGGUACAGCUUUUAUCUGAUGGAGCUCAAGAUAUAAAGGCUUAAGUUUCACAUGCUUUGUUCUUUUCAUCGUCCGUGCCUAUUGAUUAAGGCUCACCCUGCAGGUUAACCAACAAGUAAUUUUUCCCCCCACUGGAGCUGCAUUCCUUUCCAGACCUGCAGCUGCCCGGGCAAAGCCGGGCACCUCCGUGUCCCCCCUGGCAUAUCUGAUACCCGAUUAAUGGAUACCCCAUUGUUUUAGGGCUGGGGGAACUUUGAGAAGCAAGUGCGGGAGGCGGUAGGGAGCAGAAAAGGGGAGGAGAAAUCAAGGUAAAGCAGGUACAAACCUAAUUGCUCCCGAUGUGUAAAGUAAUACAAAAUAAAAGGGGGUGGGACUCACUUAAGUUUCUUGUUUUCCACUCCUCUUCAGUCAUUCUUUCCUUUUUUUCUCAAGGCCUGAACAUUGGUAAUAGUGGUGAUGAUUAACUAAAUGAAGUCGGUAACCUGGGCGACCAUUAGGGUGGUUUUAUAUUUCAUGGGUACCGCAUAGCUGGAGAAAGCACUGUAUUGAGGGCUCAGAAAAACGAGAUGGGGCAUUUGGGGUUUUUCGGUGCUGGUUUGGAUUUUUGUUUUGGGUUCUCCUUUGGACCGCGUUGCGUUGCUUUGCGUUUUGCUCCCGGCUGUUUCACAACGGUAAGGCUCCAACCGCCUUCCUCCGCGCUUCCCUUCCUCUCCCACCUUUCUCGUCCCUUCUCUCCGUGACCUGUUGCUUCCGAAAGAUCCUGGGUAUGACCAAAGUGCUUGGGCCCACCUGGAAAAUACUAUCCAGGGGAGAAGGAGGGAGGAUUUGUUUCUCAGUAUAUCGGAUACACAGUAGAUUAAUCGCCUUGGAGAUAUAUUUAUUUUCGAUGAUACAUCUCAGCCUUGUCCUGCUUCUGCUGUUAUAAGUCAGCGCUGUUCUCUCGAGACAAAGCAUUUAAUUUUGUGCUGUCACCACGUUGCCUUGCGUGCGCUAAAGAAAGGCGCUGUCUUCUGCAGAACAAGAAGUUCUCCUAACUCUUAGCAAUCGCUUGUUGCAAUGGCAAUGUAAGCAGCGAGCUGCUGCGAUGGCUCGCACCAUUUUUUGGUAAAUGCAAAUAACGCAUGUACUCUAUAGGAACUAAGUAAGUCUCUCUAAAGCAGACAGGAAAAACGAGCUGAAAUCUGUUAGCUUAUUAGUACCGUGUGGCAGAAGUAGGCUAUCUGUUCCUAACAACCUAUUUGUAUUUUGUGAACUAGAUAGGAAAAAAUGCGUGGGAUUUUAUAUGUUGAGCUAGUCACGGAAUCCCUAAUUCUUCCGAAAUUUGGGCUGUGCCUUCUGGGGGCUCUGGCCCCAUAGCUGCUCACUGUGAGCACCGUGUUGGCUGGAGCAGAUAGCUGUGGUGUGCAUUCCAACCACGGUCAAUUCCUGGCAGCUCCUGUGGUAUAGAAGAAGAACUGUGAAUGUUCUCUCUGUCCUGCAGACAGGUUGGCGCAUGCUAAAGUGAAGACCCAAAUGCAUUUAUCAGAAUAUCACACAAAACUGCAGUGAACCAUUUCAGCCAGUUUUUAUCAAAUCAUUUUCCUAACUCGUUGCUAUUUCUUGCUAUUAAACUUCUACAGUAGCAGCUACCCCAGGUAUUAAAUCCAUGAUAUAGCUACAGUUAAUUUUUGGGUCUCAGAUUUAGGAUGAUAAGAACUGUGUAACCUCUUUAGCUGUUUCUGGUAUUAUGGAUAUACAUCGCCUUGAGUUUGAUGUUGGCCCUCUGACUGCCAAUGCAGCCACAAAAUCCCCACAUUUUUAUGAAGCAUAUAUUUCCUUUGAAUUUGUUCUCUAUAAUUCACUUUUGAAACUUGCUUCCCAUGUGAAGAUUCUCCAAUGGUACUAAGGAGGAAAAGAGGUGAAAUAGAUGCACUAUUGGGUAGAAGAAAACACAAAGGUUCCUCCUUUUGCUCUGCAUCCCAUUAGUGGCAGCUCUUAGGCAAACCAAGCAGACUGCUGUUAUUUUAAUGGGUGGUCUUGGAGAUUAUUUCACAUUUUUUGUCUUCUAGAGUGUUAGAUCUUCUUUUCUUCCCCACAAAACCUCCCAUUUCCAUCACACAGUGCCGAUGAGUAAGUCAGAAAUGACAAAAAGUUUUAACACGGAAAUUCACCAACCAUUGUUGGGUUGAUUAAUGAUUAACACCAGAGCAAGGCAUGAGGACUGUGCAUUAGGACUACAUUAUGUAGCUAAGGAAGUUGUACCUUUGUAGUAGUCAUCUUGGCAUGCUACCAUUGCCCAGCUUGUACGUGAACACCUUGCAGGGUUGCAGAAUUUUGUGGGCUGGGCUUUUUUUCCUGUUUAACUCCAGGUGUGUUCUGCUGGUUGGCUCAAUCCGCAGGUGUUUGGUUGUGGUGGAAGUGACUGCUGAGGACGUCAGCAUAGCAUGGGUUGAUGCGUGGCGAAAGCGGUGUCUGCUGCUCCGUUGGAAGUGCCACGUUGACAAAGUGUGCCAACAACACAUUCUGUUGAUAUGCUGCGCACCAGUAGAGCCUGUGUUUUUAGUGGAAACUGAACUGGAGGACGUUACAAGGAACAUAGGUAAUGCAAGGGCUUUCAGGAUCCCAGUCUAGGGCAUCACAGGACUUUUGAGAACAGAGAAUAGAUAUGAAAGAGGCGUGCAGGAAGGGCUGCAUGGCUUCACAGGUCUGCUCCAAGAUCUGGCUGCAUAAUACUGUCCUUUAGUAGUAAUGGGAGUCGAAUCCUGCUCUGGGCUGAUAUUCCUGAUGUGGCAUGAAUGAAGAGUAGAAGAGCUGGCAUGUCAAGAAAAGGAUUUAAAUUAAAAAAUAUUUUUCCAAGGAGGAUAAGAAAUGAGGGAGCUUUGAAUGAAGGGGGAAAGCCACAACUCUCCCCAGGUCCUUGGAGAAAUGCCUGAACACCACGCUGCUACCUCUGCUGAUGAAACACAGCCAUUGCUCCCCUCACACACCUUGCUCCUGUGGCCCUGAACACAUCCAAUGCGCUCACCUUGCUUUAUGGAAGAAACUUUGACCUUCUGAGCAGCAUUAGUGAAAGGGCAGUUCUAGUGAGAGCUGGAGAUAAGCUUAGAGCUAGUUUGGCCUGAAGGAGUUUCUUUUUCCUCACUGGGAAGUGUGUCAAAGUCAGGAGGGUGAAAAAGGUCUCAAAAGAAGUGGCCCUGAAAAUAUUCCUCACUUCCUGUUCCCUCUGACUUUCCUCUUUGCUUACACCUGUUGUGGAGAGAACCAACCCUCUUCAUUCUGGAUGUUCUCCAUCUCUGGCGAGCAGGAGGGACGGGAGAUCUGACAUAAUGCCACUCCCCAGGUACCAGCAGCACCAGUUGGUACAUCUGAGUAUAGAAAGAGGUGUCCUGUUGAAUCUCUUGGCAAGAUUUGGACUUUAUACUUCUUGAGGAACUCAUUCAUGGCAUUUAUGUGCACGUCUUCUGGCUUGAACAUGUGUCUUACACAGCAUAACGUCUGAGAUUGCUGAAAGGUUUCAGUUGUAGGAAACAGGAUUGGAAGAGAUCCAAUGAGCCCAGGAGCAUUGAGUUGUUAGCUCAGAAUUUCUGGUAUAUCUCUUGUGCAGUUUUGUUCUUGGAAUCGCAAUGUUACCCCAUAGCUGGGCCACGGAUGAAGAUCUUCUGCAUCAGAUUAAAACAUCCCUGGAACCUUCAGAAAAUGACAGGGCUCACACCAAUGUCCUUUCCUGCUGGGUAAUCAACCCAGAGCAUCAUAAAUGAAAUGCUGAUUGACUUGAGUUGUCCUAAUGGCAUCUUCAGAUGGCAUCAGAAAUACAAAGCAGGGCUGGUAAAGGCCACGUAUGCUGAUGCACAGUGAGAGGGGUGGAUGGGGGCCUUUUCCAGCUGAGCGCAGACAAUCUGCAAGGAUGCAGCUUUUGCCACCCCUCAUCUCACCAUAGGUCUGUAAAUACAAAUAUGUGAUUCCAUCACACCCCCUGAAAUGAUGAGGCAUAUCACAUAAUAGUGCAUAUUCGUCCUAUAGCCCAUUGCUACGAGCUUUGAGUCUGAUGAUCGAUCCCCUUCCUUCUCAGAGCAGUUCAUGAAAUUAAUGUAAUUGAGGUUUUUUUCCCCCUAAUUAUAACCAAGCAUCACGGAAAUUCACUAAACUGUGGUCAUUCAAGAAAAUUUUUGCUCUAAUAUCAAGCAAGCACAGUUUUGAUACAUAGCAACCAGAUCUGUUAACACAGCCUAAGGUUUUGUUGUCUGGAAAUCCUCUAUUCUAACUAUGACAUCUAGGCUACUUCAGACAAAGAGCUAUUGUUCAGUUCUUCUUGUUGACUUUCUCCAUGCCGUGUUAUUGAAACAGAGAAGACACUUUCUUUUGUAAUGGUUAAGAGGAGCAUGUCUGUUUGCUGGCUGCCUCGGGGAAGCUUUACCUUUCCUGACACUUACCUAACAGCAAGGGGCCAAUGGGGUUCAGUGCUGUCUUCUUAGAAAUAACAGGAAAAAAAUAAGCACAAAAUGCAAAAGCGAUCCCAACCCUUCCUCCAUUCCCCAUUUUUUUUUUUAGCUAUUCCUAGAAAGUCAGAAUGGAAGAGGGAACCACAGCUGUACUUAUAUUUAAAUGCCAAUGCAGGGGCAUGGCCCACAGCACAAGACUUGAGAAGUCGUGCAGGGCAGUCUCGGGUUAAAGCUCUUGCAAUGCAACUUGUUUGCAUCAGCAAACUUGACUUGACUUUCUCUUAAAAACACCUUGAGGAGGUGUUCAAGGACCUACAGUGUAGUGACCUACCUGUAAUAUAUCAGGUAAUGUACAGAAAAACAUGACAGAUGGACACAUCUUAAACCCGUGGGAUUCCAGUUGCAACAGUGGCUUCCUCCAUCAUUUCAUCCUGUUUUGGUCCAGCUGUUCUUCUCUUCAUUUUCUCCACCUUUCAGUUCUGAUGUUGGGUGGUUGCAGUGCUGCUGAGAGGCUGGCAAAGGCUCUCACCUUCCUGAGGCUUUGAGAUCUCCAGCAGGCUUCAAAAUGCAAUGGAAGGGGCGUUUGUCUUGGCUUUGCAAAGGUACUCAACGCCAACGCUGAGCCUCUUUGUGCAGGAGAAGCUGCAGUAAUGUUGGCUACUGCAGAGAUUUUUCUUGAGAACUCAGUGUGUUUCUUAAUGUCUGUUGCAUAAUAAAAACGUAGACAAAGCUUGCACGGCUGGAGGUACUGCAAGAAAGGUAAGAGUUAUAUAUCCCUAAGUCUGUACAGUUGCAUUGCUUCCCAGGCUUUGCUUUUCCCCACGUUUUUAACUCACCGUAGCAGGUAGGGCUGUAACUGCCCAGCCCCCAUCUUGUGACAGUUGGCAGCUGAUGGGCGCGUUGCAUUAGGUGAAAAUAGAAGUGAGGACCCUUCUUGGUAAGUGACAGCAUUUGAUAAUUGAGGAGAUCCCAAAGGAAGGACAGCUGUAGGUUGUAUUCCUGUUUUUUUUGUUUUUUCCUUCCUCUUUUUUUCUUCUCCAAACAGCAAGGCUUUCUAGCUUGUGCUAUAUCUGCUGCUUGUAGACCAUGAUCCUGAGAUGCCAUUACCAUCUUACUGGGCAGCAUUGGAUGUUCUCUGUUUUUCUAAUACUGCCUGGUAAUGAUGAUUGUGGUGUUUCGUGCACAACGUGGAAAAGUUCAACAGCGAAUUUGGAAGCGGAGGUCAGUGGCCAAUAGAUAAACCCAAGUGUGAUUGACUGCCCACAGCUGGGGAGAUUUGACAUAAUUAUGAUGAAAUGCUUCAGGCUAUAGAAUAAGGGGUAAACGCAAAUAUAAGAAGGUCAUCUUCCUGUAGAACUAUGAAAUCAUCUCAGGGUGAGCCUGGGAACAGAAGAUCGUGCAGAAUAUAGAGCACGGCACAUGUUUGAUAUUGCAGUGAUAGAACACAUUCACAUGAAAAUGCAGAGAAAUCGCAUUCAGAGAAAUGCAAGAGCUCUUCUCCAUUUAUAUUCUAUUUACCUUCAAGCCACAUUAGCUUUCCAGAGAACAAAAGCAAACAUUUUGCUGAAAAUUAGCAUUUAAGUCUUCUAGUUUAUAAUUUUCCCUCCAAAUCAAAACGUUUUUCUAAUCUAAACAUAAGAUAAUUUAAGGAACAGACAGCUGAGAUCAACAGCGGAGUUUAGUUUUCCAGCCUUGCUAUUGUCAUUUGCUCUGUCCUUUCCACAUCAGCUCCUCUAGGCCUCUCUCCUCCAGCACAAUGCUCCAAUAGCAAAACCAUUUGUUUUAAAACCUUGAACUUAUAAGUAACAUUUUUAUACAGAUGGGUUUUUUUUAAUGCCAAUUUCUCACUUCUCGGUGAGAAAGUGGGGCUGUUCUUAACUACCAUUCUCCCUACUUAUCUUCAUUAUUUUGGUGGACUAACACUACAGUGUGCUUUAAGGGGGGAUGGACCUGACUCUUGCCCCGUGAGGUUUCUUUCCAUACAUUGAUAAUACUGCUUAAAGUCAUUUAGAAAGAACUAGCUCAGUCUUAAAGGACUUACUGUGGGAACAUUGUGUUCAGUGGUUUACGGAUGCUUUCUGUUUCUUUCUGAGAAUUAAGGCAAUACAGGAAGCUUUACUCCUCCAGUCAUCAGAUAUUGGAGGCACAGCAUGAAAGCUAUCUCCAAGAAGGGAUGUUACUGCUGAUAGGUGCUUUUGUUGGACGUGGGGUGCUGUGGGCAGGUGUGUCAGUGUCCCUGGCAGGUAGGAAGCCCUUGAGAACACAGCAGCCCCACACACACACCCAAGCUCCUUACAGCUCCUGGCGUGCUGUGGUGUUUAGCUCCUAGCACAGAGGGCUGCUUGGUCCGUGAACGCCUAUCAGAGUGCAAAGCCACCCACAUACACACAGCCUGGGUGAGAUGUGCUGUGUGACAGCUUAGAUCUAUGCAAAGCUUGCACAUACUGUGUGAAACACUGCGCCAGGGCCACAAAGACUUGCAGGUACCUUAGGGCUAUGAUAAAUAUGCAUGCAGCAGAGCAGCGUGGCUCAAAGCAGAGCACUCCUGCUAUCGAACCACAGUGCCUGAGAGGUACAGCCAGCUCCAAGGGGACAGGAAAGGAGCAAACCCUGCUGCCUCCCCUGCAUGGAGAGAGGGUCAGCAACAGCCAGAACCCCAGCAUCCCUGCCACACAGGCCUACGACAUAGAGCUCUUAGGCAAGGGAACGCCUCGUGGCUCAGAGCUGGGCUAGAUUUCUGCUACAGCAAACUAGUGGACAAAAUAACAUGAAGCAAAGCAGGCAGCUACCCUUCAUCUUCAUCAUUAGCAUUCAUUACGCUUAACUGCACUACCAACAACUGCACACCUAAGUCUCCUGUCUCCUCCUGUCACUUUGAUUUAAGAUUCAGAGUUGCCUGCAUCCCUUCAAGCCAUACCGUACAAUAAAGUAACAUCAAUGGACUGUAUUGAACACUGGGCCAUCUCUGACAUAUUUUUGUGCCCUUCUUAGUAUUGAUUUGUUUUUACACCAGAUUUCAGUUUGCCAUUUUACCCGAUUGGAAAGACUUGGAGUGCUGGUAUUUCUCUGAAUCAAAGGGGAGACAGGAACGAGGAAACUGAGAAACCAAAGGAAGGAGAUCUUCCUGCUCUUCCACUGUACUGAAAUAGAACCUAAUCUUGUGUUUCUAUUUUAGAUUUUCAGUACAUCAACUUCCUGCACCAUCUUUGUCUCCUGAAAUCCACCACGAGCUUCAAAUUAUCUUUUAGUACCAAACGCCUUCCUUCUGCCCAUCACUUACCUGGUAAAUUAUUGACGUGCCCGGUGAUGUAAGGCAAUCUUUCUCAAGCCACUUUCAUUAGUUUUCACGGACCACUGACGUCCUGAAGAAUGUGGAAUCAUUAAAAUAGAUGCUCCGUUUCUCCAGCUGCUGGACAGACAGUGGUCCUCUGUGGGCAUCUUACUAGACAGUGCUGGAUUUCUUGGAUCUAUUCUAACACUGUCUGGUAACGAUGUUUAAAGGGUGAACCAAACAACACCAUGCAUCAGGAGGAGUUCUCACAGAAAGACACUGUGCCACAAUUUAGGCCGAAUUGGAACAUUUGGCCAAGAGGGUAAGGAUGUUGGUUAUCACAUUAAUGAGUAUUAUUAGACGUAGUACAUGGUUAUGAUCAUAAAUACUCGUGACAAAGAAGCUGCUGGAAACCACCCUGCUAGGUGCUAGGUGCUCCCACCGCAGUAAAGGAGGUGAGAAGCACACCAGCUCUAGCACACAAAUGCACAUCUCCCCAGAGGCACAGCACUGCACAAACCCUCCUAGCAGUGGGGUUAGGGCUGUGGGGUAUUUGCAUGGCCCAGCACUUGUCCGGGGGGCUGAGAGAUUUGCUAGUAGCUAGCCAGGCUUGGCUGUGAGAGGUGCUCAGGGCAGGACUCUGGUGGUAAAGGUCGUUCUUCCCAAUUACAGUUCAAUUACCUCCAUGGCUGAACAGCCUGUGAACUUUCAACCUUCUAACCUGCCCCGACGCAGGCAGCGCUGGCAGCAUAUGGAGCAGGUGGGUUAAUCACUCUAAUCAUCCCAUUAAGAAACAAAGCAAUUUAACCCAGGCAAGGAACAAGGACUGAAUGCUUACCCUGCUCUACCUAACCAAGCAGAAGGAUGGGAACAUACCAGCCUCCCAGCCAAUGUGAGUUAAUGGUACUGCAAGAACAAGUGCUGAUGUGCAGCUUUGCAUCUCUGCUUGGGUCCUGCCUUGGCACCCAUAGCUGUACCAGUAUGAUGGGGCAACUAGACUGGGGCCACUCAUAAAUGACAUUCAGACUGCAUGCAACACAGAGAGAAGGUCAGCCUGAAGUCUGGAGCUGCCUGGACCUUAGGAUCGUAUCCCAGUUCCAUUCCACAUUUAAAGCACUGAUUUCCUUUGGAAAAGGAUUAUCUAGAGUAGUAUUGUUAACAAACCAGUAACUUUGAUAUAAUUCAAAUCCGGAUGAAAAUUUGGGCAUGGCCUACCUCCAGAGAAUAAGAAUUCACAUCAGGACUCAUUAACAGGCCACUGUAUGAGCUGAGACUCACCCUUUCACAAGGAUCGUCGGUGCCUUUCAAGUUUUGGGGUUCCUGGGGACCCGCUCUGGUUUGGGAUGGUGCACAGACCUCAUGCUGGUUGCUCAGAACUGCACCCAUUGUUUUUCAGCUCCCUUCUGUAAGAAACGUAGGGCAACGUUACACACAGGCUUGGGCCAUGCUUCUCUCUACAGCUCUUUACAUAGGCUCACAGGACUGCUCUGUGCUGGAAUCACAGCACUAAAACCUUUUCCUCAUCCUCAGCUUAGUGCUAAUCCCUUCCCUCCCUCCUGGAUAAAACAGGUACAGCAGCCCAGAGGCAUGCAAGCAAAAAAUUCUCUAUGCCUUUCAACCCUGUCCAGUAGGAUGCCAUACCAAAACUGCCGUGUAAUACAGGAACAGCAGAAAAACAAACCAAAGGCAGCUCCCACAGAGGUGCUCUUGCCCUUGCACAUUGCAGUUCCCAGGAAAACGAGAGCAGGAGGGAGCAGAGGAGCAUUCUUUGGUGAUUAGCCUCUGUGUGACUUAUUAACUGGCCCACAAGGGACUGAGGAAAUGGUGUGAAAUUUGAGUGAUUCUGCAAAUUGGCUUUUAACAAGCAUUUAAAUGAGAUGAAUUGGAGCACGCACCCAACUCCCAUCCAUCUUCUCUUCUUAAAACUCAAUAUGGAUGCUAACCUUGGAUGGAUUAAAAAAAAAAGAAGAUAACAAUAAUUGGGCAUCCCUGGCAUGCUCAGGGAUGUCACCUUAAGUUAAUAACAAAGGAAUGGAACCAAGGAAAUUCCCCUGCCCUCCCCCAGGCUGAUUUAUGCCUAGGAAAGCGUCCACUCAGCCUUAUCUAGGCAAGAACAGUGAGUCAUGGGAGUCAGGAGCAACCCAGCGAAAUCCCCUCGGCCUCAAUAUCUUCCCCUCCCUCCCCUUCUCCCACCAAUGUUCAGCUUGCUUAGCUCAGUUCCACAGCAGAGCAAUUCCAAGGGCAGUCCUGAUGCUCACUGCGGUAGAAGAGCUAAGACCCGGCCUGCAUUAGGCUUAACUCUGCCUGGGGGUUUAAUAUCGAUGAGAGCACAGCUGUGGGGUGCAGCUGAACCACAUCUGCAUCCCUGCUGGGCGAUGGAGCUGCAGGACACGGGGAAGGUGAGCGCUGCACAGCAACGUGGACACGGAGGAUGGAGCCGGUGCCCGGGCUCUGCAAUGGCCUCUGUGCCACCCAAGAGGAAGAGGAACUCCAGAGCCACGCGACAGGGACAUCACCAACAGCAGGCACGAUCCUUAUCAGCUGACAGAGGUAAACCCCGUGAAAAUCUCUCUCCUACCUCUGAAGCGGAGCUUGACAGAGCCAGGCCUUGUGAGAGCAGAAUGUGUGGUAAGGCACACCCACAAGGAAAGCAUCCAGAGGAGCUGAUACGAGAAGUGCCAAUGGCAUCAGGACCAUAUUUUUAUAUCAGUGGAUCUAACGGAGCAGGACUUGUGAGCAUCUAUUGCCAGAGCAGAGGCUGGCAGCGUAUCUAUGACAACAGAAGACAGGAUUACGCACUGAAAUGGUGUGAGAUCAAGUGCCGAGAGACCUAUUACCAUUUCAAAGAAGGCGAACAGCUGCUCUACCAGAUUCCCAACAACAGCAUCCUCACCAGCAAGACUGGGCUUUUAUCCUGCCUGCGAGAGCAAGAGCGAGUGAUGAAAAAGAUCAACAGGAGCUCUAAUCCCAAGCUGCUGAAGAUGGAAGAAUUCUUCCCAGAAUCUUUUCGCUUGGACUUAAAAGAAGAGAGAAAUGCCUUUUUUGAGCAUUGCAAAGAAGAAGAGAUUUGGAUCUGCAAACCCAGUUGCUCUAACCAAGGGCGAGGAAUUUUCCUGCUGAAAAAUCCCAGUGCUGUCACCACCCUACAAGCCAAGCUCUACAGCUCCGAGAGAGACCUACCCAGUAAGAGGGUGCCUUGCGGGGCUCCCCAGACAAGAAUAGUGCAAAGGUACAUUGACCAACCUCUGCUCCUGGAAGGGAAGAAGUUUGACGUCCGGUCCUACCUCCUCAUUGCCUGCACAGCACCAUAUGUGUUAUUUUUUGCCCAGGGCUACGUCCGGCUGACCUGCAGCAAUUAUGAUGCCACAUCUGAUGAUCUGACUGUUCAUCUCACCAACCAGUACAUGCAGAAGAAGAACUCCCUCUACAGCCAGCUGAAGGAUGAGACAGUUUGGGGAAUGGAGCACUUCAACAGCUACAUUAAUGAGAAGUUUGGGAAAACCAAUAGCCUCCCACAGGACUGGGUUUUCACUGUGUUUACUAAGAGGAUGAAGCAGAUCAUGUUGCAGUGCUUCCUGGCAGCCAAGCACAAACUGGAUCGUAAACUGGGCUACUUUGAUCUCAUUGGCUGCGACUUUUUGAUUGAUGAAAACUUUAAGGUCUGGCUUCUGGAGAUGAAUGCAAACCCUGCAUUGCACACCAACUGCAAAGUCUUGAGAGACAUCAUCCCCAGCAUCAUCUAUGAGAGCCUCGAUCUGGUCCUCGAGAUCUUCACCAAGUGCCUCAAGGGGCAGAGCGUGCUGCCUUUGAAGACACUCUGCCACUUUGUGCUUCUCUACAACGAGGAUGCUGCAGACCUGGGCCAGAAGCAACCCUGGAAGCUCAGCACCAGGUUGUGCACAGGACGGUACCUGAGGCCGCACACAGACAGCACCGGGCACAUCAGGUACAGCCCUGCCAAAGCUGCAGGCCUGCCCCCAAGGAGCUCAGCUGUUCCAGAAGAAAGGGUGCCUUGCUGCCUGCAAAGGGCUGUAGGCAAGCUGUCCUAACCACACCACGCGUGCAACAGUUUGAUCACCACAGAUAACCACAUUGAGUCACAGAGCAAGAGGGUUUUCACAACUUCACAGAGACAGAAAGAAAAUAAAAGUUAAGCUUUACGUGCAA